CAGUUCCAUUGCGUACUAACGAAAUCAAGCCGUCAAAAUCAAAAUGGCUGAGCUGAUAGGAAUACCAUUGAAGAAACCGUCCGACGUAGAUAUUAUUAAACCAUUAACAAACGUUAUUAAAUCGACAUACAGUGGUGGAAAUAAUCAAAAGGAUUAUACCGAAGCAAUUCACGAUUUAAGUGUAUUAAGGAACAACGCAUUAUGGCGAGCUUUCGAAAAAUACGAGAGUUCGUUGGAGGUUAUUUACAAUUAUUAUGACCAACUAUGUGCUUUAGAAGGAAAGAUACCUGCACACGAAUUACAAAUACCAUUUAAGUGGAAAGAUGCCUUUGAUCGUACUAUUUUUGGUGGAAAAUUAAGUUUAACAAUUAGCACUUUGGCAUAUGAAAAGGUUUGUGUACUCUUCAACAUUGCUGCAUUACAAAGCUCUGUUGCUGUAACUCAAUCUUUGGAAAGUGAUGAAGGAUUAAAACUGGCUGCUAAAUUGUUUCAACAAUCUGCCGGUAUAUUUAAUUUUUUAAAAGGAAAUGUAAUGAUGGCUAUUCAACAAGAGCCAACUCCUGACAUUAGUCCUGAAACAUUAGGUGCAUUAUCCUCAUUGAUGUUAGCACAAGCUCAAGAAAUUUUUGUCCAUAAAGCAAUUCAUGAUUCUAUGAAAGAUGGCAUUGUUGCAAAAUUAGCUGCACAAGCUGAAGAAUUAUAUGCUGAUGCCUUAAAGUUAUUCCAGAAAGAAAUUUUCCGUGCAUUUUGGGAUAAAGAAUGGAUUCCAUUGAUCGCAGGCAAGCAAGCUGGCUAUCGUGCUAUGAUGGAAUUUUAUCAGUCGCUUGUAUGUAAAAAUAAUAAGAAUAUAGGAGAAGAAAUUGCAAGAUUAGAGCAUGCUGUGGAAUUAUUUAAAGCUGCUCAACAACGAUCUAACAAGCCUAAUUUAUUCCAAGAUUAUGCUAACAAAGCACAAAGGAAUUUAACUGAAGUUAAAAAGGAUAAUGAUUUUAUCUAUCAUGAAAGAAUUCCAGAUGUUAAGAGUUUAGAACCAGUUGGAAAGGCUAAUGUUGCAAAAUUACUUCCAUUGCCUGAAAGAUUCAGUUCAAAUUUUAAAGAUCUCUUUACGGAAUUAUUGCCAGUUGGUGUGCAUCAAGCUUUAUCGUCUUAUGAAGUUCGCCGCAAUGAACUUGUUAAUGCAGAAAUAUCUAAACUACGAGAAAUGACACAAGUUCUUAAUAGUGUGUUAGCAAAUUUAAAUUUACCAGCAGCCAUUGAAGACACAAGUGGAACUGAAUUACCGCAAUCAUUGUUAGAAAAAGCAAAUUAUGUACGAGAAGGUGGUGGUAAGGCAAUUUUGGAAGCAUCAAUGAAAGAACUUCCAGAAUUAUUACAACGAAAUCAGGAAUUAUUAGAUGAAUGUGAACGAAUGCUUCAAGAAGAACGUGAAUCUGAUGAUCAAUUGAGAGAACAAUUUAAAGAACGUUGGACAAGAAUAUCUAGUGCUCGAUUGACAGAACAAUUUAUUGCCAAUACACGUAAAUAUCGUGAAAUUAUUAAUAAUGCUGUUUCUGCAGAUAAGGAAGUUCGUAAUAAAUAUGAAACUCAUCGAGAAGGUAUGGAAAUCCUAAGUAUGGAUGAAAGUCAAAUAUCUAUGGCUGUCCCUAAUGGUUCAGCAGUACAAGAAAGUAAUAUAGUGAUGCAACUAAGAAAAUUGAUGGAAGAUGUAGAGACACUGAAAGCAGAACGUGAUGUAAUUGAAAGUGAAUUAAAAUCAGCUACAACAGAUAUGAAAACAACAUUUUUAAGUGCUCUUGCCAAGGAUGGAGUGAUCGACGAACCAAAUAUAUCCGUUGAAAAUAUUGGAAAAUGUUAUGGACCUUUGCAAAAAGAAGUACGAGAAAGUUUAUCUUGUCAAGAAAAAUUAAUAGCUGAUAUUCAGAAUGCUCAUACAAAGUUCACUAAUGAACAAUCUGGUAGUGGUAGUUCAAGAGAAAUAAUGCUUUGUAAAUUGGCCUCUGCAUUUGAUGCAUUUAAAGAAUUAAAGAGCCAUUUGAAUGAAGGAAUCAAAUUUUACAAUGAUUUAACGCAGCUAUUAGUCAUUUUCCAAAAUAAAAUAUCGGACUUCUGUUUUGCUCGUAAGACUGAGAAAGAAGAAUUAUUAAAGGAUUUAACCACUAAUUUAAGUCAUACCGGUCCAGCCACAACGCCAAGUAUUCCAUCUCAUCACGAAGCAAGUUCGAGUCAAAAACAAUCUAAUCCAGAAAAUCCGCAAAUGCCAAAUUUACCAUACCCUAUGCAACAUCCAGGAGCUAUGCCUGUACCAUAUGGUGCAAGUCCUAUUGCUCCGUAUCCAACUUAUAUGCCUCCACCUAUGCCAGCAACAUAUAAUCCAUAUGCAACGAUGCCAUAUCCCGGGCAAGGUGGUUAUAAUCAAGCUUUACCUCCAGGUACUUAUGGUGGUUAUACUGGUUAUGGUAAUUAUGCUACAUUACCUCGAUAUGGUGGUUCAAAUCCACCAGGACAAAAUCCUUGGUGAAUUAAAAGUCUAUUUACAAUGGAUGCUGUGAUGGGAAUUAAAAUUCAUAUUCUAUAUUGAAUAUAUUGAAGCAACAGAGAAGUUAUAUAUAUAAUUCUAUUGUUUCCACAAUUAUGUUAUUACUAAUAUUGAACGCAAGUGAAAUAUUUUAUAAUUAAGUUU